GGGAUAGAGGAAGUUGCUCAGACUCCUUUGCUUUGAGCUGAGGCAUGGGCUGUUUCGGAAGAAUGGAGCCAGCUUGGGAAGAAGUAUGACAAAAAGAAGGAAAAUAUGGACAUGGAAAAAACCAGAGACUUUGGUGCCCUUCGAGCAAUGUUUCAAAAUGAUUCCCAUUUUUCUAGUAUGCUCCUGGAGUCUGCAAAGAAGUCUCCUGCCAAAUUCAUUCCACAGCAAAAUACUGAUGGCUGCUCUGUAUCCUGCCCCACACCAAAGCCCUUGCACCAAAGGCGAGUUCCAGAUCCUGAACAGCUAACCAAACAGUUCAGUUACACAUCACAGAAAUCGGAAAUCAUGCAAGUCAAACCUGUGGUGUUCCCAAAAGUCAAGUUUCAUGACUUGUCUGAAGUAGGGAAGAAGAAAGAUAGGAAAGACUCAAACUUCUCUGGGGCCAUUUGCAAGAGUGAUUCAUCAGUGGAAGAAUCACAGAAACCACAUCCAGGACCUUGUCUUUCUCCUCAAGCGUCUGAGGGAGCAAGCAGUUCUUUUCGCAACACGCUGCACAUUUGGGAAAGUGCUUUAACACAGGGUGACCAGAAAUGUAGUGCAACACCACCACAGUGUACAAACAGGACAACUUCUCUUGCAAUCCCACAAAUUGUUAAUAUUGCUACUUCGACAGAGGACAAAGCGAAAAUGGCUGAAUGUAAGCAGGGGAUGGUCCUUGAUGUGUCAAAGCUGCCAUCCCACCUACAAAGUGAAUCUGGUCCACUUCCUGCAACAUCACCUCCGGUUCCUCCCAGAAGUCACGCAAGCCUAGGAAAAGUGGUUGCCGGUUUUUCUCCAAGUAGUUUGAACAAUUUGAACAGACUAAGCAAAGUCUCAAAUGAAAGAUGGCAUGAUGGUGAAGAUGCCAAGCUCCUAAAAAUCAAACCCCUUCCUCCUAUCAAAGAGCUUGGUCCUCCUCCAAAGAAACCGCCAAGACCUCCUAAGGUAGAUCUUGGUGCCUUCCAGAAGAAUUUUCCAGAUGAGGCAGAUGAUACAUACUUGACUCCUGAAAUUACUGAAAUGGAAGAUUUGAACACCUAUGAAGAAACCAUAUACUACCAGAAACAGCAAGUGAACUGUCCUAAUUCUACUCAACGGCCUAUACACUCUUCCAAGCCUGUGAAAAAGGAAGAUACCAAGAUUUGCAGUCCCAGAGGUAUAUUCAUUAAACCCAGAAUCAGUAGGAGUGAGAAGAACAUGCCUCAGGAGGAAACAAAUCAGUCUUUCUCUGAAGAAGGAUUGACAAAAGAUGGAAAUCUUUCAGAUGACUAUGUAUGCCUGGAGUCCUUGAAAACAGAUGAAGGGAAACGGAGCCCAGAUCUUAGAACUGCUAAAUUGGAGCAAGCUGCAGCGGGAGUGUACGAUGAUGUGGAAGGAAUAGAGAAGGACCUACGAUCCUCUGAUGCCUACAGAUCAUUAGCUUUAGAUUCCAAUGAUACUGAUGAAGAAACAUAUGAGGAUAUUCAAAGUGAAGUUCAAAGGGAAGGAUAUAAUUUGGCCAAAUCAGAAGAUAUCAAAGCUGAAAAACUCAAAGGAUUUGGAAAAUUUUUCAAAGGAAAAUUCAAAAUAAAAAAUGCACACAUGAAAGAUAAUUUUCGCAAUCUUUCCCGUUCUGUACCAAACCUAGAUGUUAUGGCCCAGGAAAGCAUUAUGUAUGAUGAUGUUGAUGCAGAACAAAAUGAUACAAACAGCCUUCGUCCCAGAAACCCCUUUAAAGUCAAGAAAUACAUUUUAGAAAAGAAUAACAAGAUGACAAAGGAGGAACAAUCAUUUAGAGAGAGAUUUAUGUACAAUAAAGAAAUCAUAGUAAUUAAUACUGCAGUCGCACAUUGCUCAAAUACUCCUACCAGAGGAAAUCUUGACUUGAGGAUCUCGCCUGGAGAACAACUUGAAGUUAUAGACAUCACUGAAGGGAAUCAACUGAUCUGUCGGAAUUCUGAAGGCAAAUAUGGGUAUGUGCUAGUAGAACACUUGAAUUUCAGCAGGCACUAGUGUUGUUCAUCUGAAGGCUAACAGUUACUUACGGAGGGCUGUUGUAUGAGGAGCAUAGUGAAAAUAAGCAUCUGAAAGAAUCUUCCUUGCUUGGGAAAGAAAAUCAAAAUGGAGUUGUUGACAGCACACUAAGUCUGAAUUCUUCAGAAGGCUACAGCUGCUAUUUUUUUGAAUGAUCAUCAUAAAAAUGACUGGGUUUUUUUUUAGUAACUCCUGACAUUCAUGCUAUCCUGCCCAAAGUUUAGUAAUCUAGGUACACACUGAUACAAAAAACUUACUUAAUAUCAUUCCCUGUGAUAACACUUUUUCAAGCUACAGCUCCUUAUUAAGGUUUAUCAAAGCAGCAUUUUUUUAAAAAAAAAAUGGUGAUACAGUCCCAGAAAAGUUGCGAAUGUCACCUUGGUUCUUUGGAUAGUGUGCAGCAAUACUAUUUGUGUACAAAACACAUUACCUUCUGUUGACACACUUUGUGUAUGUGUUUUGUCAAUGUUAGGAAUAUCACACUUGGCAUUUAUACUCAAUCCUGUAUUUAAUUAGUGUAAGAAUUUGUGGACUUUGCAUAUUGAGAAAUACUGGAAGUCCAUUUGAGACACUACUUUUAGAUAUAAAUAGAAGAAAUAAAGUAUGGAUUGGCAGUUAA